ACAUCGAUUGUCACGUGGUCGUCCAUCACCUGACCAGGGUCUCACGUGGCCCAGCCGGCUGGCAGCGAGGAGACCGGCUGGCCAUGGCAACCUCCACGCUUUGGUUUUCGCUGCUGCUGGCGGCAGCGAUCACUGGGCGAGCCACGGCUCUCUGGCCUUGGCCCCAGUACAUCCAAACCACCAGCUAUCACUACACCAUUUCCCCAAACAACUUUCAGUUCUUAUACCACGAUCAGUCGGCCGCGCAGGUGGGCUGCUCAGUCCUUGACGAAGCCUUCCGACGCUACCGAGUUCUGCUCUUUGGUACCAGGAAUUGGCACCAUUUCCCACAUGAAAAAAAGAAAGUAAGAGAGAAGUCAUUUCUGAUUAUCUAUGUGGCCACUCCUGAUUGUGAACAACUUCCUUCAUUGGAGUCAGUGGAGAAUUACACCCUGACUAUAAAUGAUGAGCAGUGUCUCCUCCUGUCUGAGACUGUCUGGGGAGCCCUCCGAGGUCUGGAGACCUUUAGCCAACUCAUUUGGAGGGCACCUCAGGGCACGUUCUUUAUCAAUAAGACGGAGAUUGAGGAUUUUCCCCGCUUUCCCCACCGGGGCUUGUUGUUGGACACAUCUCGCCAUUACCUGCCUCUGACCAGCAUCCUGGACACUCUGGAUGUCAUGGCCUACAAUAAAUUCAAUGUCUUCCACUGGCAUAUGGUUGAUGACUCCUCCUUCCCAUAUGAGAGCUUCACCUUUCCAGAGCUCACCAGAAAGGGGUCCUACAACCCUAUCACCCACAUCUACACAGCACAAGAUGUGAAGGAGGUGAUUGAGUAUGCACGACUUCGGGGUAUCCGUGUGUUGACAGAGUUUGACACUCCUGGCCACACUCUCUCCUGGGGACAAGGCGUCCCUGGACUGUUGACUCCUUGCUAUCAUGGAUCUCAGCCCUCUGGGACCUUUGGACCUGUGAAUCCCAUUCUCAACAAUACCUAUGAAUUCAUGAACACAUUCUUCUUGGAGAUCAGCUCUGUCUUCCCAGAUUUUUAUAUUCACCUUGGAGGAGAUGAGGUUGACUUCACAUGUUGGAAGUCCAACCCAGAUGUCCAGGCCUUUAUGAAGGAGAGAGGCUUUGGUGAUGACUUCAAGCAGCUGGAGUCCUACUAUAUCCAGAGGCUGCUGGACAUUGUCUCUGCCUAUGGCAAGGGCUACGUGGUGUGGCAGGAAGUGUUUGAUAAUAAAGUCAAGAUACGACCAGAUACAAUUGUCCAGGUGUGGAGAGAAGAGAUACCGGUGAACUACCUGAAAGAACUGAAACUGAUCACCAAGGCAGGCUACCGGGCCCUGCUUUCUGCCCCCUGGUACCUGAACCGCAUAACUUAUGGCCCUGAUUGGCAGGAAAUCUAUAUGGUGGAGCCAUUGGCAUUUGAAGGUACUUCUAAGCAGAAGGAGCUGGUGAUUGGUGGAGAGGCAUGUAUGUGGGGGGAGUAUGUGGACAGCACAAACCUGGUCCCCAGGCUCUGGCCCAGAGGAGGGGCUGUAGCCGAGAGGCUAUGGAGCAACAAGUUUGUGACUGACUUGGAUUUUGCCUUUAAGCGUUUGACAAACUUUCGCUGUGAGCUGCUGAGGCGAGGUGUCCAGGCCCAGCCCCUCGGUGUAGGCUUUUGUGAAGAGGAGUUUGAACACACCUGAGCGAGCAGCCUCAGGCCAAGGAGGUACUGGCCCUAGGAGAGUGAGAGUGGGGCCAGGCUUCUAUUGCACCCCGCCCGGGCCAUGGAGCCCCUUGCCUGCAUGCCCUGUGCCUGGAGAGAAGGGGGCUAGUGCUGGUGCUGGCGUCCAAUAAAGAGUGAUAUACCAUUUUUCUAUAAUGAA